CCUGACCCCCCCCCCCCCUCACCCAGGUGCCCACGCCCAGAUGGUGCAGGUGAACGACUCCAUGUAUGGGUUCAUCGGCACCGACGUGGUGCUGCACUGCAACUUCGCUAACCCGCUGCCCAGCGUGAAGAUCACCCAGGUCACCUGGCAGAAGGCGACCAACGGCUCCAAGCAGAACGUGGCCAUCUACAACCCGGCCAUGGGCGUCUCGGUGCUGGCCCCCUACCGCAACCGCGUGCAGUUCCUGCAGCCCUCCUUCACCGACGGCACCAUCCGCCUCUCCCGCCUCGAGCUGGACGACGAGGGCGUCUACAUCUGCGAGUUUGCCACCUUCCCUGCGGGCAACCGAGAGAGCCAGCUCAACCUGACCGUGAUGGCCAAACCCACCAACUGGAUCGAGAGCAGCCAGGCAGCGCUCCGUGCGGAGAAGGGGCGGGAUGAGAAGGUCCUGGUGGCCACCUGCACCUCGGCCAACGGGAAGCCGCCUGGCGUGCUGUCCUGGGAAACGCGGCUGAAGGGGGAGGCUGAGUACCAGGAGGUCCGGAACCCCAAUGGCACGGUCACCGUUGUCAGCCGCUACCGCCUGGUGCCCGGCCGGGAGGCCCACCUGCAGCCCCUGGCCUGCGUCGUCAACUACCACCUGGACCGCUUCCGGGAAAGCAUCACCGUCCACGUGCAGUAUGAGCCUGAGGUGACCAUCGAAGGGUUUGAUGGGAAUUGGUACCUGCAGCGGAUGGAUGUGAAGCUCACCUGCAAAGCCGACGCUAACCCCCCGGCCACCGAGUACCACUGGACCACGCUGAAUGGCUCUCUGCCCAGGGGCGUGGAGGCCCAGAACAGAACCCUCUUCUUCAGGGGACCUAUCGACUACAGCCUGACGGGGACCUACGUCUGCGAGGCCACCAACCCCAUCGGCACCCGCUCGGGCCAGGUGGAGGUCAACAUCACAGAAUUCCCCUACACCCCGUCGCCUCCGGAGCACGGGCGGCGGGCCGGGCCGGUGCCCACGGCCAUCAUCGGGGGCGUGGCGGGGAGCGUGCUGCUGGUGCUGCUGGUGGUCGGGGGCACCGUGCUGGCCCUGCGCCGGCGCCGCCACACCUUCAAGGGCGACUACAGCACCAAGAAGCACGUGUACGGCAACGGCUACAGCAGGCGGGCGUCCUCCAGCACCACCCGCGCUGGGUCAGAGCUGCAGUACCUCGACGACUCGACGACGAGAGAGUCGGCCGCUGGGGGCAGC